UAGGAGAGUGUGAGAGCUUUGGUCCCAACUGGCUGUGCCUAUAGGCUUGUCACUAGGAGAACAUUUGUGUUAAUUGCACUGUGCUUUGUCAAGGAAACUUUGAUUUAUAGCUGGGGUGCACAAAUAAUGGUUGCCGGUCGCACAUGGAUUCGGUAGAACUUUGCCUUCCUGAAUCUUUUUCCCUGCACUACGAGGAAGAGCUUCUCUGCAGAAUGUCAAACAAAGAUCGACACAUUGAUUCCAGCUGUUCGUCCUUCAUCAAGACGGAACCCUCCAGCCCGGCCUCCCUGACGGACAGCGUCAACCACCACAGCCCAGGUGGCUCCUCAGACGCCAGCGGGAGCUACAGUUCAACCAUGAAUGGCCAUCAGAACGGACUUGACUCGCCACCUCUCUACCCUUCUGCUCCUAUCCUAGGAGGUAGUGGGCCUGUCAGGAAACUGUAUGAUGACUGCUCCAGCACCAUUGUUGAAGAUCCCCAGACCAAGUGUGAAUACAUGCUCAACUCGAUGCCCAAGAGACUGUGUUUAGUGUGUGGUGACAUUGCUUCUGGGUACCACUACGGGGUAGCAUCAUGUGAAGCCUGCAAGGCAUUCUUCAAGAGGACGAUUCAAGGUAAUAUAGAAUAUAGCUGCCCCGCCACGAAUGAAUGUGAAAUCACAAAGCGCAGACGUAAAUCCUGCCAGGCUUGCCGCUUCAUGAAGUGUUUAAAAGUGGGCAUGCUGAAAGAAGGGGUGCGCCUUGACAGAGUACGUGGAGGUCGGCAGAAGUACAAGCGCAGAAUAGAUGCGGAGAACAGCCCCUACCUGAACCCUCAGCUGGUUCAGCCAGCCAAAAAGCCAUUGCUCUGGUCUGAUCCUGCAGAUAACAAGAUUGUCUCACAUUUGUUGGUGGCCGAACCGGAGAAGAUCUAUGCCAUGCCUGACCCUACGGUCCCUGACAGUGACAUCAAAGCCCUCACGACACUGUGUGACUUGGCUGACCGAGAGUUGGUGGUUAUCAUUGGAUGGGCGAAGCAUAUUCCAGGCUUCUCCACGCUGUCCCUGGCGGACCAGAUGAGCCUUCUGCAGAGUGCUUGGAUGGAAAUUUUGAUCCUUGGUGUCGUAUACCGAUCUCUUUCAUUUGAGGAUGAACUUGUCUAUGCAGAUGAUUAUAUAAUGGAUGAAGACCAGUCCAAAUUAGCAGGCCUUCUUGACCUAAAUAAUGCUAUCCUGCAGCUGGUAAAGAAAUACAAGAGCAUGAAGCUGGAGAAAGAAGAAUUUGUCACCCUCAAAGCGAUAGCUCUUGCUAAUUCAGACUCCAUGCACAUAGAAGACGUCGAAGCUGUUCAGAAGCUUCAGGAUGUGUUACACGAGGCCCUGCAGGAUUAUGAGGCCGGCCAGCACGUGGAGGACCCGCGCAGGGCCGGCAAGAUGCUGAUGACCCUGCCGCUCCUGAGGCAGACCUCCACCAAGGCCGUGCAGCACUUCUACAACAUCAAACUAGAAGGCAAAGUCCCCAUGCACAAACUGUUUUUGGAAAUGCUGGAGGCCAAGGUCUGACUAAAAGCUUCCUGGGCCUUCCUAUUCUGCACGCCGAAAAAGGGAAAAUAAACCCAAGAGUGAUGUCGAAGAAACUUAGAGUUUAGUUAACAACAUCAAAAAUCAACGGACUGCACUGAUAAUUUAGCAGCAAGACUAUGAAGCAGCUUUCAGAUUCCUCCGUAUCUUCCCGAUGAGUUUCUUUCUACCUUAUCUCCUCUCCUUUCUCCCUUUCUUCUCUCAUUUCUUUUGCUCUUUUUUUUCUCCUUCCCUUAUUCCUCCUUUCCCUCAUCUCUUAGCUUUCUUCAUUACUGAUUCCCGCUUGCCUUCAUUUCCUUCCUUCUGUCCUU